AUGACACCAGUAAAACCUGUCAAUUCAUUUUGUGCACUGAAGGCAGAUAAUGGCCCAUGCAGAGGACUAAUUCUAAGAUAUUUUUUCAAUGUUGAAACUCAAAAGUGUGAAGAAUUUUUCUAUGGAGGAUGUGAUGGAAAUAAGAAUCGAUUUGAAACUCUGGAAGAAUGCAAAGAUAAGUGUGAAGCUGAAAAACCACCUUUCUGCUUUUUUGCAAAAGACCCUGGAAUUUGCCGAGGUUACCUCCACAGGUACUUCUAUAACAGUCAAUCUAAAGAAUGUGAGUCUUUCACGUACGGUGGGUGUCUAGGCAAUCUAAACAACUUUGAGACAUUUGAAGAGUGCAUGAAUACCUGUAAGGAUGCAGAUAAUGAGGUGAAAACUCCACCUUAUAAAAAGAAUAUGGACUCUUUCAAUCUCCAACCAACCAGAAGUCUCAGUCCUGUUGAUACUGAAUUGCCACCACUGAAACUUGUCAAUUCCUUCUGUGGAUUGAAGGCAGACACUGGCCCAUGCAGAGCAAUGUUGAUAAGAUAUUUUUUCAAUAUUCAGACUCAACAGUGUGAAGAAUUUGUAUAUGGAGGAUGUGAAGGAAAUGAGAAUCAAUUUGAAACUAUGGAAGAGUGCAAAGAAAAGUGUGCAGAAGAUUUUCCUCAGUCUGUGGGCUUUCUUUUAACCCUUUUGGAAAAAAAAAAGCCAUUUUUCUGCUUUUUGGAAGAAGAUCCAGGAAUUUGCCGAGGGUACUUCCCCAAGUACUACUAUAACAACCAGUCAAAACAGUGCCAACGCUUCAUAUAUGGUGGGUGUCUAGGCAACCUAAACAACUUUGACUCAUUGGAAUUGUGCAAGAGCACCUGUGAAAAUACAUCCAAUGAUUUUCAAACCCCAUCUUAUACUAUGGCAAAUUAUACUUCAACUGUCCAACCUACCAAGUUUCCCAGGAUUUUUGAAAUAUCUGGGCCUAUGUUCAUGCUCACUGUCUUGAAUUCCAAAAAUGGAAAAUAUAACAACCCCUCUUGGUGUCUGAGUCCUGCAGAAAGAGGAAUUUGUCAUGCCAAUGAGACCAGAUUCUACUACGAUUCAUACUCUAAGAAGUGCCUCCCAUUUAAGUACAGUGGAUGUGGAGGCAAUGAAAACAAUUUUACUUCCAAGAGAGCAUGCGUCAGGGCAUGUAAGAAAGGUUUCAUCCAAAAAAUAAACAAAGGAUUGAUUAAAACAAAAAUAAAUGAAGGAUUGAUUAAAACAAGAAGAAAAAGCAAGCAGCCAAAAGUGAAGAUAGUAUUUGAAGACAUUUCUGUUAAAAAGACAUAA